AUGGGAUCAAGCGAACCAGUGGAUUCGCUUAGGCCGAGAUGUCCGAAUGACACUCUCAAUCACCGUAGAUCCCUCGCAAAGGACCUAGAGGGGAAGAAAAAGGAAGAAGAAGAACCACAGCCGCCGUGGCUGUAUCCCCAAGGAUGGUCUCACUUAGCUUUGUGGGAUUGGAUCAUACCGAGUCACAAGAUUGCCGUACUGUACGUGCUGUGGGCCAAAGAAAAAAGAACAAAGGAGCGGGCGCAACAAAAGAAUAAGAAAAAGAAAAAGGAAAAUACAGUAAAAAACGCAGAACUCAUGGAUAUCCCUCAUUCGCAAUUGUCCGAGACAAAACCGCCUGAAAGAAACAAUGAUUAUGCCCCUCCACGCAGAAACUGCUCCUACAUGUGCACGCUUGGCUCUCUCAACAAGCCUUUACUCGAACCGUUGUCUCCGACGGGCGGCGGCGGCGGUGGACUGCAUGGCCCUACAUUCGGCGGCGUCUGCGGCGUGGUACAGAAACGGCAGCCAUUUUCGCCCUGCAUUCGGAAAGAUUUCGCAUGCUGA